UGCACACACGCAUGUGGUUGCUUUGAGGCUGACCCAGCAUGCUGGUAGAAGUUCUUUAGUUGAGUGUGGGAGUGACAGCAGAGAGAUCGUGGUGCCUUGUUUCUCCUGAGUGCCUUCUUCGUGACUGAAAAGUUGUGAACAGCAUGUUUUGCCCACUGAAGCUCGUGCUGAUACCAGUGUUACUGGGUUAUUUUUUGAGCUUCGUUGACUUGAUUACUUCACACCCUGAGCUAAGAGUCCACGUGGGUGAUUCAGCCCUGAUGGGAUGUAUUAUCCAGAACACUGAAGGAAAAAGAGUGACCAAGGUAGACUGGAUACACUCCCCAGGACUGCAUGGCAAGGAUGAAUAUGUACUCUUCUAUUACUCCAACUUGACGGUGCCUACAGGGCGCUUUCAGAACCGAUCACACUUGGUGGGUGAUGUCUCCCAAAAUGAUGGUUCUCUACUGCUCCAAGAUGUGCAAGAUGCUGAUCAGGGAAUCUACAACUGUGCAAUCUACCUUGAACACGAGAGCAGGGUGUUUAAGAAAGUUGUGGUGCUACAUGUGCUACCAGAGGAAGACAAAGAGCUCAUGGUCCACAAGGGUGAGUCAGCUCUGAUGAGAUGUCAUCUCCAGAGCACAGAAGAGCGACGUGUGACCAAGGUAGACUGGAUGUUCUCCUCGGGACAGCAAGCCAAGGAGGAGAUUGUCCUAUUCUAUAAUGUCAACAAUCCUGUGAGGUACACCCCAUACCGGAGCCGCUUCCAAAACCGUGUAGACCUGGUCGGGGACAUUGCCCACAAUGAUGGCACCAUCAGGCUCCAGACAGUGAAGGAGUCUGACGCAGGACUCUACACCUGCAGCAUUGACUUGGGCAGCGUAACCUUCAGGAAAACCUCUGUGCUCCACGUGGUCCAGGAAGAGGCUCAAACAACCUCUAGGCCUGAGAUCCUGGGAGGAAAGUACAUGGUGAUCAUCGUGGCCAUUGUCUGCGCCACUGUCCUGCUGCUCACUGGUUGUAUAGUGAUUGCGAAGAAGACUUCCAGGAAAAAGAGAUCAGAAAGUUCUACCACCUCAGUGAAAAGCCUGGAGCACACAAGGAAGGCCAGUCUGGAGAAACAUGUCUACUCCUCAGUAACUACAUGGGAGACAGUAGAAGAAGAACCAAGUGCAAAACCAGACGCCACCUACAUGGUCAUGCAUCCAGCUCAACCCUCUCUAAGGUCAAAUCCAAGUAAACUACACUGAAGAAAGGCAACUUUUGAAAUUCCCAAAACAGAUUAAACUUUUUGAGAAGAUAGAAGAGCUCUCUUCAUCAUGUGGUGGCAGGAACUCUGUCCUCUGCGUGUCCUGAGCCACUGCACUGGCUACUUCAGAUGCCUGCCUCCCAGAUGUCCUGGGUGAGGGGCUGAAGGUGGAGGGUUUGGAGCUUGGCAGGCAGACUGGACAGCUGUGGAGGAUCCAGCCAGAUGAGACAAGGGAGCUUGUGGACUUGGCCCUGGGAGUGGGACUGUGGCCCCAGGCAAGCUGGCUGAGCCACUGCAGUGGCCUCACGCCCUCCAUCGACCAGACUCUUCAUGUGGACACUUGUUUGUGGAUGCGCUGCUGAGAAGAACCACGGAAAUUUAAACCAAGCCAAUUGAUUCGUCUGAUAAAUUAUCCCUAAGUAAA